AUGGCCCCACAAUUCCCCAUUUUUGUGGAGGAGCAAGUUAAUGCUGCACAGGGGUACUCUAAUGCACGAGGUUUCUCCGAACCGGGUAAUGAUCCGUAUUCUAGUACUUACAACGCAGGUUGGGCUAAGCAUCCUAAUUUCUCAUGGAGAUCACAAGAGCAAGGCAGUUCUUCUGCCCAGCAGCCUAGGCCUUUUAAUACUCCGUUCUAUCUUGCAGCCUAUCGCUCGCAAAACUUCCAACAAGCACCUAUCCAAUCCUCGCAGGACCCAUCCUUUGAGGAAAAGGUGCUACAAGCGCUUGACAGACUAAAUGACACCCAACAACAAGUGCGCACCAAUAUACAAUCCAUCGCGAGGCUCAAGACCCAAGUGGGUCAAAUAGCCAAUGCACUGAGUCGUAGGGAAGAAGGUAGGUUGCCCAAUCAGCUUGUUCAGCCCCCUAAAGGACAGUUUGUGAUUCACGAAACGCCCCCUGCUAAGGCUAAAGUAGUCAUGACAUUGCGUAAUAAGAGAGAGGUCGAAACCCAACCAGCGAAAGCGAAGUCGAAGGAGCAUUUGGCUCCCUCCGACCCUGAUGACUUUGGGGAGUUGAGUUCACAGAGUAAGGAGGGAACCCUUCCAGUCACACCUGCAUCACCCACUUCCGUGUCAGCGGGUCCUAAAGUGCCACCCUAUGAGCCUAAAGCCCCGUUCCCAUCUUGUUUGGAUGCACCAUUUCCUUUUCUUAAGAAGAGAGCAUCUAUGGAGGAUAUCCUUGAGGUAUUCAAGCAAGUGAAAGUUAACAUCCCACUCCUAGAUGCCAUCAAACAAGUCCCAACUUAUGCAAAAUUUCUGAAGGACCUCUACACUCAAAAGAGGAAAAGUCGAACCAAUGUGUCUAAAAAGGUCAUUCUCACCAAACAAGUGAGCUCUAUUUUUCAGUCUGACGCUCCCCCUAAGCUGCAAGAUCCUGGUACCCUGACUAUUGAUAUAGUCAUUGGGAGACAUGCCAUAGAGCGCGCACUUUUAGACUUAGGGGCUAGUGUCAACUUGAUUCUGUACUCGGUGUAUGAACAAUUGGGGUUUGGGGAGUUGAAGCCCACGUCGGUUACUUUGCAAUUAGCUGAAAAAUCCAUUAAGGUGCCACGUGGAGUAGCUGAGGACGUUCUUGUAAAGGUUAAUGAUGUUUACUUUUCGGCUGAUUUCAUAGUCCUUGACACAGAACCGGCACAAACCCUCAAAAAGUAG